AUGGCAGCAACCAGACGGCUACAGAAAGAGCUGAGUGACCUGAAAUCUCCAAACUGUGCUUUGAGGAAAUUAUUCAGGGACAUAACUGUUGAUGAGUCCAAUAUACUUUUGUGGCAUGGCUUAAUAGUUCCGGAAAAUCCUCCAUACAACAAAGGGGCUUUCAAAAUAGAAAUAUCAUUUCCAGCUGAAUACCCAUUUAAGCCACCAAAGGUGGUUUUCAAAACCAAAAUCUAUCACCCAAAUGUUGAUGAGAAGGGUCAGGUGUGCUUACCUAUCAUCAAUGCUGAAAACUGGAAACCUGCCACUAAAACAGAUCAAGUGGUGAGUUCUUUGAUUGCACUUAUCAAUGACCCAGAGCCAGAACACCCACUGCGAGCUGACCUGGCAGAAGAAUAUACCAAAGACAGAAAAAAGUACAUGAAAAAUGCAGAGGAACACACAAAAAAGUUCAGCGAAAAGCGACCAGCUGAUUAG